AUGGGAGGUGCCGGAGGAGCAUUGUUGGAAGAAGAAAGGAGAUCGCCUGUAAGAGCAAAUGGAUCAAUAGGAGCAGGAGGAGAGUCUGAGGUAGGUGGUUUGAUUAGAGGAACUGCAGAAAGAAAGCUUGAGGGAGAAGAUGGAGUAGAAUGGCCUAAAUGGAUGUCAGAGGACCGUAGGAUACUACAGGCUAGAAGAUUAACUCCUAAUGUAGUUGUGUUAGUUGACGAAUUAACUCCUGAUGUGAUUGUGUCAGCUGAUGGGAGUGGAACUUACAUGACAAUUAUGGAUGCAGUAAAUAAUGCACCAUCAGGAGUUACAUCAAGAUAUAUUAUGAAGAUUAAAGUAGGGGUUUAUAGAGAAACAAUGGUGGUGCCAAGUUCGAAAACUAAUAUUAUGUUUUUGGGUGAUGGGAGCGAACAGACCAUAAUCGCUAGAAAUAAGAAUAAGGUUGAUGAUGGCUCCACAUUCUACUUUGUAAUUAUAGGCAUCAAGGCGAAGGGGUUCUUAGCCCAAGACAUAACCUUUGAAAAAAUUUUUGGAUCAUCAAAGGAGCAAGCUGUUGCUUUGCAGGUCGAUUCAGAUUAAUCAACAUUUUAUCAUUGUGCCUUUAUAGGAUAUCCAGACACUCUCUAUGUACAUGGAGGUCGCCAAUUCUAUGUCAAAUGUAUUAUUAUGGGUACUAUAAAUUUCAUAUUUGGAGAUGCAACAGUUGUUAUCCAAGAUUCUGACAUCAAAGCCCGCGUCAAUCCAAAAUAAGAGAAUAUGCUCACUGAACAAGUUCAUAAAACUCUUAAUGGGUCUACAAGCAUAGUUAUUAAAAAAUGUAGAAUAAGUGCAACUAAAGAAUUAGAAGAAGUGAUAAGUAGUUUUCGUACUUAUUUAGGCAGACCAUGGAAGCUAUACUCAAGGACUAUCAUAAUGCAAACUGAUAUGAGUGAUAUUAUUGACCUAGUAAGCUGGCUUGCAUGGAACAAAUCUUUUGCUCUUGACACAUUGACAUAUAGAGAGUAUCAAAAUAGUGGAGCAGGUUCUAAUACUGCAAAUAGGGUAAAAUGA